AUGGAUAGAUAUUUGCGAUGGUUCAUCAAAUAUCAGGCGUACAUGAUCGUGGUGUUUACGCUGACGAUGGUGGUGGUGAUCACACCGGCAAUGUCCGACCACAGCCAGCGUGAAAUUGAAAACCUUCGCUUUGGGGGCCCCGUGGCGACAAUAUUUGGCUUCACCUGGGCCGCAGCCGUCUUGUGUCUGAUGAUAGCCAUACAGAAGGAAGAUAAACGUUUUAUAUUCCCGUAUCUGGCCGUGUUCGGAUUGGAUCUCGCAUUGCUAAUACUGCGCGAAUUCUACCUCAUGAUAAUCCAUGGGAUUUUUAUAGAAAUAAUAUCGCUUAAAAUAUUCAUCGCUACGUUGAUCGCACCGUACGUGUUUGCCAGUCUGUUUGCGUUGCAUCGACUUUUUACCGUGGACCCGAUUGAAUCUCAGCGAAGCGAAGGGUUUGUGCGUUUCGAUCGCAACGAGAUGACCGUUGCCGAGGAGCCGAAUACAACCAGCAAUUCGACGAACCGUACAAUACCAGACGUGUAG